AUGACUUUUCACUUGCCGGAGAUGGACAGCCACAAGGCCACCCUCACAUGUGGACUGCUAGGUGUCCUGUCUACCACUGUCUUUUUCAGCAUGAACACGACCAUAAAUUACCUUACGAUUCCGACUGUAUUCCUGGGUCAUCCGCCACUGCAUAGCUCGGAAGCCUCAGCAUCGGGCUUCCUAGUCCGUUCCACCGAGAAGCCGGCCAGUGCCGUGAGCCACCUCAACAGACAAUGGCAGGAGAUAUACUGGCGUGGGCACCGCGUCGGUCCCGGGUCGGCCAUAUUCAGCGGGAUUGCACUCGGCGCUGCCUCCUUCUUCAGCUCCCAUGGCCAGGCCAUAAAACCUGGCCGCUGGCUGCUGUUUGCUGCCGCUGGAGCCAUUGCCAUGUCCGCCUACCCUUACACGGUGUUCGCCAUGGUGCCGACCAACGACGAGCUGCACCGCCGGGGCGACGCCAUCACGGAGGGUCUCGCGGAGAAGAAGGAUUUUGAUGAGGGCGAGACAGCAGCGCUGCUCGCCAAGUGGGUGCGCCUGAGCAAAGUCAGAGCAAGCCUGGCAUUGAUUGCAACGGCGUUUGGGGUUGCUGGUCUGUUGUGGUGA